UAGAGCUACAAUUCUGAAAAUGUCCUCCUUUCGCGCAUCAGCUUUUCAGUCGCUAUCUCGGAGCAGAACCUCUUUCCUCCGCUACCAGCAAAGGAGGUGGGCUCAAGUACACGAUGUCCGCUUUCUCGCGACACACCAUGACCCCAAGCAGGUGCUGGACAGGUACAAAGCCAAGCUUGACCAGAAAGCCCAACAGGAGGGUCAUGAGAACAUCGAGUCGCUGAAGGAUGCCUACAAGGAAAAGAUCCAAGACUUUCGCCGUAAAGCAUCCACCUCAAUCACCCCCGAACCAUCGACCCCGUCUCCCUCCGCCACCGGGCCUCCUCCCCCUCCAACACCACCUCCCUCCCCUCAAGCUCAGGCUGCGAUAAAGGCUACGGCCUCCGCGAAAUCGGGUGGAAUUAAAGGUCUUGAUUCUUUCCUCGACGUCAAGAAGAUUCGCAGCCUGCCACCCAAGGAAAUCGAAACCCUCUGGCGUCUCCGGCACGCCAACAACUCCCACUCCAUCUGUGCUUGUAUCCCUGUGGAGACAUACCAGCGCAUUGUGUCUGCCGCGCGCCAAAACCCUCAAUUCAUCCUACCUCUGCCCCGUGAUGCGACACAGGCCGAGGCCGCGGAGGGCGAGAACAGCGAGAAUGCCAAGGGUGGUGCAGACAUCCAUUUCCUCCAGUGGGCCUUCCACCCCCCGGCAUCAGCCCCGUCUCCAUCUGCCACCCACGCUUCACUCGCCAACUCCCAUACUUCCACAAUCAUCUUCACGCAUCUUGCCGCCUACAAGUUGCAUGGCUCCUUUGCCCAGCCGCAUACCACCAUUACCCACCAUCUUGAUCUCGCGGACGACAAGGGACUGGUCCUUAUGCAUGGUCAGGUGAUGCCGGACUCUGGUGUGUCUAUCACGGAUGCCAGCUGGCUGGUCAGCUGCGUGCAGCGAUUCUAUGACUUUGGUGGACAAGCUAGUGGGCGGAAGGGAGAAUUGCUACGCAUGUUCACUCGGGGUGACGUGCAGAAUUUCAAGAUUGAAGAAUUAUUGGCUGAGGCCGAGAAGGUUUAGAUGAGCCCUGGUCCGAAAAACUUGUGUAUGUACUAUAUCUAGGAGUCGAGUCAAGUCAUGAGCGUAUUUCCACC